AUGUUAUUCGAAGAAAUCACAAGCCAUAUAAUUGAUGAUGAAAAUUUCCGUGCUGAUAGAUAUCAUAUUCUUAAAGAAAUCUAUAUCAAAUUAUUGUUGGGAUAUGUUGUUGCCGUUAAGCAUCAUGUUCGAUUAGAAUUCGGCACUCAAUGGAAUGACUUGGAUGACCUUCUUCCAGAUGGAUUCCAGAAGACAUAUUAUGAGGGUAGCGCCGCACUGACUGAGCCUACCAUCGAAGGAACAGAUGAUCAGGAAGAAAAAACUCAUGCAAUUGAUAUGCCACAAGUGAGUUCGACGUAUCGAACAUUUGCAAGUAGAGUUCCACCUACUACUUAUGCCCGACUUCGUCAAAGUUUGAAAACUCUGUCUGAUGAAGAUAAGAAAAAGUUAUAUGGUGAAGGCGAUUACACAGAUUUUGAUGAUGUAGAUGCGAGCAUGA